AUUGCGCGUCAUAUUUCUCUAAUUUACACCUUAAUCGGGUCAACACACAACCGGCAUUUAAGAAUUAUUAUUGUUUACUUAAUUCCUGGCUAUUUCAAAUACGACGUAACUGUUAUUUGUUCUUCUCUUAAAAUAGCAAAGAUAUUACAUUUUUUUUUAUAUCUUUUGCUUUGUGCAGAAAACUUUACUAAAAUGUCUGAAAGCUCUCCCGACGAACUAAAUUCUAAACGUAAAGAUUUCAUUUGCGGUGUUGUUGAAGGCUUUUACGGUCGACCGUGGACCACGGAGCAGAGAAAAGACCUGUUCCAGAAACUCAAGAAAUGGGGCCUAGAUAUGUAUGUAUAUGCUCCAAAAGAUGAUUAUAAGCAUCGUGCAUAUUGGCGAGAACUUUACACAGUAGAAGAGGCUGAACAUUUGACAUCUCUGAUCUCUGAAGCCAAGUCCCAUGGAAUAACAUUUUGCUAUGCUCUGUCACCGGGACUGGAUAUAACAUAUAGCAGUCAGAAAGAGAUUACAACCUUGAAGAGGAAAUUGGAACAAGUCUCUCAGUUUGGUUGUACAUGUUUUUCCCUUCUCUUUGAUGACAUUGAACCGGAAAUGAGUGAAGCUGACAAACAAAUAUUUCAAAGCUUUGCUCAUGCGCAGGUGUCAGUUACCAAUGAAAUUUACCAGCAUCUCGGCUGUCCAAGAUUCCUUCUGUGUCCCACACAGUACUGUUCAACUCGAGCUGUUCCAACAGUCAACAGCUCAGAAUAUCUCAACACCCUAGGCACUAAACUUUCUCAGGAGAUUGACAUUAUGUGGACUGGUCCCAAAGUGAUAUCAAAAACUCUGACAACGGAAUGUAUUGAAGAAAUAACACAGGUGCUUAGACGACCACCCGUCAUUUGGGACAACCUGCAUGCUAACGACUAUGAUCAGAAAAGGAUUUUCUUGGGACCGUACUGUGGACGAUCACCAGAAUUGAUUCCAUUGCUUCGUGGUGUUCUAUCUAAUCCGAAUUGUGAAUACAACGCCAAUAUGAUACCAAUUUGGACCCUGGCUCAUUGGGCCCGAUGUAGCCUUGAUGCGCCCGCUCAUAUGGAAGCGGUAUCUUGGGAUAUUAAGUUGGAGAGGGAAAGUGAACAAGGCGUGUGUGAAGAUGAAAUGCCUCUGACCCUUGGCAAACAUGUUUAUCAUCAUCGACAAGCGCUCCGGCUAGCAAUCAAUGAAUGGUUGCCUGAAUUUUCCAUACCUAAAACCGCACAGGAUCCAGUCAUCAAACCGCAACCACCUGUAAUAAUGCCGCCAGUGCCAAUAAUUCCGAUUUUACCUUCCGUGAACACCUGUAUGUCGUUGGUUACGGGCACCACCAGCAGCACCACCACCACCAGCAUCUCCGACCUGUCUAACAUCCCCACCGUCAACACCAGCCAGCUGCAGGCACUCGCCGACGUCUGUUCUGCCACGCCCGACCGUCCCAUAAUCUCCACCGGCGUGUCGCCUAUAGAAACGUUCAAUCCUAUACCGAAUUCGGUGAUGAAUUCGUUAGUUUCACCGACGAAAGUAAUUCUAAACGAGUCGAUACCAAACCCAAUAAUACCGAUCGCCAGUUCCAAUAUAUCGUUACCAACAGAAAUACCAGUAUCGACUCUACCGGUCCCGAUUAUGGGCUUGAAAACGAUCGAACACGAUAAAAUCGAGACCGAUCAAACUAUGGCUGAUAGACUUGACUUGAACGAAUCGGUGUCGAACGAUAGCGUGCUGGAGACGACCAGCUUUAUCGAGGAGAUGAAGAAAGAUAAGGACGAUGACACAAUUAUCGUCGACGACGUGGAGCCGACGAUAGAACUGCAGCAGAAUGGUGAUAUGAGCAUUGGAGACACGCCCCAAACGCUGAGCCCGUCGCGCGCGGGCGCCGAGCCGCUGGACGUGGACCCGCCCGCCGGCGACACCGACGUCGUCAUGAACGACCAGCUCAGUGAGAAUUGCUCCAUGCAAGUGGAACCAAGUAGCAGUCCAUUGAGUGCUGAUAUGAUGGUGGAGCCCGCUGAAACAGCUGAAGUUUCAGAUGAAUUAUGUGAGGAUGCACCUUUAGAGGAAAACGCGUUAACAGCAGACGACUUAAUGCUUCUGUGCGAUCUAUUCUACCUGCCCUUCGAGCACGGCUCCCGAGGCUUGAGGCUAAUGCACGACUACCACUGGCUCACGGCGCACGCCGCUAGCAUACUGCCGAAGAAUAAGACCGAGGGCGGCGCGGCGACGGGCGAGUGGCGGCGGCGGCGGCGGCGCUGGGCGUGGUGGGCGGCGCGCGUGCGGCGCGUGGCGCGGCGGGUGGGCGCGGCGCGCAACCGCGAGCUGCACGCCGAGCUGCGGCCCUACCUGUGGGACCUGUGCGCCGUGCUGGCGCUGCUGCACGCCUUCCUGCGCUGGCUCGAGCUUGGAAAAUUCCCUCCCAACAUCGCAACAAACUCUCAAGGCAGCUAUACGUGGUUCUCAAAAGGUUGGCGUGAAGCUUUCGAGAGUGGGGCCCAGGAACCUUGGGUCUUCCGCGGGGGCCUCACUGCGGACCUUAGACGACUGUUACCAGUGGAAUGCGCUGGGGACUCUCUGAGACCUCACUGCGCGCCUACGGGUCUACCGCUCACCGUGAGACCGUUUAUGGCCGCUGAUGAAGAGGCGGUAUGCACAAUAUGUCAUAAAACUUGUCGAGAUGGAUCAGACUGCAGUGAUUUAUUCCCGAUCGAUCUUCAAACUCUACCAGCUGAUAGAUUGGUAGCACCAUUCCUAACGUUGACACCGGAGCUAUGCAUGGUUAUAGAAGAUGACGGCUAUAUGGAAGGGGACAGUUCGGAAGUGGAUGGAGAUGACCCCGACGCGGAGAAGUUGGAUGUCAAGAUAAAUAAUAUUAAACCAGAAAUCGUCGGCUAUGCAUGUGCGGCACUAAAUAGCAAAGAGUUUUACAAGAAGCAGGAAGUAGCGUGGAUACCGGAAAUGUGUAUAAAGUAUCCUAUGGAACUGCUGGAGAGGAACGACUUGAGUCCCGCUGCGAAGGAGUGCGUGCGGCACUUCCACGAGUUCAGCGCGCAGGAGCGCGCGCCGGAGAGCGUGUCGGCGGCGCACCCCGCGCUGCUCACGUGCUGCGUGCUGCGCGCGCGCGCCGACCCGCACGCCGCCGCGCGCCUGCUCACGUGCCUGCUCGCCGCGCUGCGGGCGCACGGUGUUAACGGCGUCCACGCGUGUAUAAACGCAACCGAUCACUAUCUCCAGCAGUUCUACGGCAAGCUGGGCUUCGUGGAAAUGUCCCGGGGCAACGGCCGGGUGUUCCUCGCGCGUGCUUUCUAGCGCCAACGACAAUAUCGGAUACCGAACUAGCGGUAUCUUAAUUUGAUCAAUGGAAGGAAAUUGUCACUUUCCUUAAGUAGGUAUAAGCGCAAGAAACGACUUCAUCUGCCGCAUUGACUUAUUUAAAGUAUUUGUUGAAUAUGUUUAGUUGCACAAUUUAAUUUUCCAAUACACUGCCUUUAAAUCUUUGGAGUGUUUUACUUUUGUAAAACUAUCAUUAAAACAACGAACACUUGAUAUAACUGAAUUGAUUAUGCGAGUAUUAUUAUAUAUAAGAAUAAAAAUUUAUUGUGCAACUAAAUGUCCGUAAUUUUGAUAAGCUAAGAUGUAGCUACAGUUCCUUCUUCCCUUUUAUAAUUUUUAUCUUAAAAUCAACACUAGCACCCAAGCUGCCAAUGGCACCCUUUGUAUAUGUAGUCCUUUGUUUGCACAGUAAUUAUAAAAGACCGAAAAACCAAAUCCAAACACUAAAAAUUGGAUAUGAUUGACCACUUUAAACACCUCAAAAUCAUCAAUAAUAAGGAGCCUUACCUGUAAUAUGGGACGGUUCAAUAUAUUUGUUUAGAUAAGUUAAAACAAAUUUCAUAUUAAAAACUUAAAUUUAACAUAUCGACAAAAAAUAUGUGUAUGAUUUUAUAACAUCUGUUUAGAAAGGACUAACAUUAUUUGAUGGUAUUAGGAAACUAAUUUGAAUAUUAUUAUCAACAUAGAAAUAUAAAUAUUUUCUUCCUUUACUUAGACUUUAGACAUUAUUAGUAAGAGCGUAGCCUUCCUUCGUUUACUCCAAUGACAGAAGUAUAGAUAAACAAACCUUUGAUGUACAUAUUACAUGCGAUUUUUAAUCAGCUAUGCAAUAUUACUUAUUUUUACUAUUUUAGUAAUAAUGAUGAAAAAAAAAUGUAUCAUUCGUUAAAAUUUAACAACUCGAAUGAGUUACUACUAGUACUUUUUACCUUCAUUCGUUAUAACUCUAUUGUCAUGUCACUUUAAGGUCGAGGUUGUUUAUCCACUCCUUCGAUUGGAAUAGACUAUAUAAAUACUAUAAUUUUAUUUGAACUCUAAAAUCAAAAAGAUUAAAUGAUUAAAAACCUAGUACUAAACAUUUUAUAAGUUGCUUUCUUAUUAUGUAAAUAUUAUUGACUUAAGUUUAAACAACUAAGAAAUCAAUGUAUUAUGUUAUCUUUGCAAAAAUUUUGAGACUAAUCAAUUUUAUUUAAAUAAUUUUAUAGAUGGCAAUCUUUAUUGCAUACCGUCAUUGAUACAGCUUGGUUUUCCUAAACCAUGUAGGUAUCAUUACGAAGCAACAAUUAUUUUAUUGGUAUAAAAACAGAUUAUAAAUAGAAGCGAGUUAAACAAAAUUAAAAAAAAUAUAUAAUAAUAUCUUUUUAAUCUUCUGUCACUAACACUUUUUUUUUUUCAAAUAAAUUAUAAUUUGAAUUUAGGCCGAUCAGAGAAUGCGGUUCUGACAUAUGUCAGUUGUAGAUGACCAGCGAUAUUGUAGACUUAUACUUCAUCUUUUCUUAAAAAGAAUAUAGGUCAAGAAGACUUCGAGGAUACUUCAUGGACAACCUAAUUAAGUUAAAAAUGUAAUUGAAUUGUAUAAUACACAGUAUGUACAGUUGAAUUAAUUUAAAAUGUAUUGUAUUUAAAUUAAAUUAAGCACAGAAUUAAAAACUGUAUUAUAAAUUGGCUUAUGUCAAUCAUUAUUAUUGAUAAACGGCCUUACUUAUAAUGGCAAAUAAUAUUUUUACUGUAUCUUUUUUUUAUAGAAUAGAAAGGCGAGCAUAUGGGCCACUAGAUGGUAAGUGGUCACCAACGCUCAUAGACAUUGGCAUUGUAAGAAAUGUUACCCAUCGCUUACAUCACCAAUGCUCCACCAACCUUGGGAACUAUGAUGUUAUGUCCCUUGUGCCUGUAAUUACACUGGCUCAUUCACCCUUCAAACCGCAACACAACAAUACCCAGUACUGCUGUUUUGCGGUAGAAUAUCUGAUGAGUGGGUGGUACCUACCCAGACGAGCUUGCACAAAGCUCUACCACCAGUAAAUUAUUCGUUACUUCAAAAUUUCUAAGUCCAUUCGAUCAUGGAUAUGUCAGGACGCAUCCUCUCAGCGAUGGGACAGAAGUAAUUUUUUUUCACAGAUAAAAUAAUAAUAUUGAUAGAAGUAACAAAUAUAAAAUAUUUUUUUAAGUUCCAAAUAAAAAUAUUUUCGCGAGUAUAUAAAAUAAUAAUAUAUAUUGUAAUCUUGAUUGCAUUUUCAUUUAAUGUAAAAUUAUGUUAGUGAGAAUCAUUGCGUAGAUUAAGCAAAUGGGUGUAUUUGGACAACUGAGCCUAGUCAAGGAUGAGCAAAGACUGAGUUAAAAUGACGUUUUGAAAGCUGAGUGAUAUUAUCUCGAGAGUUAAUCAAAUAAACGUCUGACUGAAGUGUUUUACGCGUGUAAUUCGGAAUGAUGAAUAUUUUACAUUAUAGUUUAUCUUUAUAUCGUCUUGGUCCUGGAUUGUUGGCAAAAUUAUAAACAUUUAGUAUAGAAUGAAUGAAUUAAAUACAAACGAUAUUAUGUAUUUCAAUUUUAUUGUUGAUGAGAAUUUUUUUCCUUUUUUUUUUUUU